UGCAAGAGUGGCCAAGUUUGCUGGGCAUGGUGGCACACGCCUUUAAUCCCAGCACUCGGGAAGCAGAGGCAGGCGAAUUUCUGAGUUCAAGGCCAGCUUGAUCUACAAAGUGAGUUCCAGGACAGCCAGGGCUACACAGAGAAACCCUGUCUCGAAAAACCAAAUAUAUAUAUAUAUAUUGGCCAAGUUUGUUCCAGAGGCCCCUAAUUGCCGUCAGGUUCCAGGAAGAGGCCAGUGACCAUGACAGCAGGAAGUCACCCCAGGCCGGGCAGUAUAUGAAGACAUGAGCCAAUGUGAGGGCCUUGAAACUCUGGUAACCAUGAGCCCCCAGUUAAAGAGCCUGGAUGAGGAAGGUGACAAGUCAGCAAGAAGACCCACAAGGAAACAAACCUCCAGAGCUGCAUGUCCCCAAGACAGGCACCGAGCCCAAUCUAGCCAGAAGGAUCCUGCUAAGGGUAGCCCAAGACCAGGGUCUUCCCGGAAGAAACAGAUGGAACAUGGAAGCUAUCACAAGGGGUUGCGGGGACAGAAACCACGCAAGGUGGAGAGGCCUUCCCAGGGGAGGAAGAAGGACCGGAGAACUUCACUUAAGGAGCAGAGAGCGUCUCCAAAGGAGAGGGAGGCUCUGAGGAAGGAGGAGGGCAAGCAGCUGAGAAAGCCCAGAUCCACUUCCUUGGGCUCCAGUGUCUCUACUGGAGACUCCCUGUCUGAGGAGGAGCUGGCUCAGAUCCUGGAACAGGUAGAAGAAAAAAAGAAGCUCAUCACCACCGUGAGGAACAAGCCCUGGCCCAUGGCAAAGAAGCUGAGGGAACUCAGGGAAGCCCAAGCCUUUGUGGAGAAGUAUGAAGGAGCCUUGGGGAAAGGCAAGGGCAAACACCUCUACGCCUACAGGAUGAUGAUGGCUAAGAAAUGGGUCAAGUUUAAGAGGGACUUUGAUAAUUUCAAGACUCAAUGUAUUCCCUGGGAAAUGAAGAUCAAGGACAUUGAAAGUCACUUCGGUUCUUCUGUGGCAUCUUACUUCAUCUUUCUCCGAUGGAUGUAUGGAGUUAACCUCGUCCUUUUUGGCUUAAUAUUUGGUCUAGUCAUCAUCCCAGAGGUGCUGAUGGGCAUGCCCUAUGGAAGUAUACCCAGAAAGACGGUGCCUCGAGCUGAGGAAGAGCGAGCCAUGGACUUCUCUGUCCUUUGGGAUUUUGAGGGCUACAUCAAAUAUUCUGCUCUCUUCUAUGGCUACUACAACAACCAACGGACCAUUGGAUGGCUGAGGUACAGGCUGCCCAUGGCUUACUUUAUGGUGGGGGUCAGCGUGUUUGGCUACAGCUUGAUGAUCGUCAUUAGGUCGAUGGCCAGCAAUACCCAGGGUAGCACCAGCGAGGGGGACAGUGACAGCUUCACAUUCAGCUUCAAGAUGUUCACCAGCUGGGACUACCUCAUUGGGAACUCAGAGACAGCAGACAACAAAUAUGUCUCCAUCACUACCAGCUUCAAGGAGUCUAUAGUGGACGAACAAGAGAGUAACAAAGAGGGGAAUAUCCACCUCACAAGAUUCCUCCGAGUCCUGGCCAACUUUCUCAUUCUCUGCUGUCUGUGUGGAAGCGGGUACCUCAUUUACUUUGUGGUGAAAAGGUCCCAGGAGUUCUCCAAAAUGCAAAAUGUCAGCUGGUAUGAAAGGAAUGAGGUGGAGAUCGUGAUGUCUCUGCUAGGGAUGUUUUGUCCCCCUCUGUUUGAAACCAUUGCUGCCUUGGAGAAUUAUCACCCACGAACUGGGCUGAAGUGGCAGCUGGGCCGCAUCUUUGCCCUCUUCCUGGGAAACCUCUACACGUUUCUCCUGGCCCUCAUGGACGAUGUCCACCUUAAGCUUUCUAAUGAGGAGAAAAUCAAGAACAUCACUCAUUGGACCCUGUUUAACUAUUACAAUUCCUCAGGUGGGAAUGAGAGUGUGCCCCGGCCACCACCACACCCUGCAGACGUGCCCAGAGGUUCUUGCUGGGAGACAGCUGUGGGCAUUGAGUUUAUGAGGCUGACCGUGUCUGACAUGCUGGUAACAUACCUCACCAUCUUGGUCGGGGAUUUCCUCCGAGCUUGUUUUGUCCGGUUCAUGAAUCACUGCUGGUGUUGGGACCUCGAGGCUGGUUUUCCCUCAUAUGCCGAGUUUGAUAUUAGUGGAAAUGUGUUGGGUUUGAUCUUCAACCAAGGAAUGAUCUGGAUGGGCUCCUUCUAUGCUCCAGGACUGGUGGGCAUCAAUGUCCUGCGCCUGUUGACCUCCAUGUACUUCCAGUGCUGGGCAGUGAUGAGCAGCAACGUUCCGCACGAGCGUGUGUUUAAAGCCUCCCGAUCCAACAACUUCUACAUGGGCCUGCUGCUGUUGGUGCUCUUCCUCAGCCUCCUGCCUGUGGCCUACACCGUCAUGUCUCUCCCACCCUCGUUUGACUGUGGCCCCUUCAGUGGGAAAAACAGAAUGUACGAUGUCCUCCACGAGACCAUCGAGAACGACUUCCCUAAGUUCCUGGGCAAGAUCUUUGCGUUCCUUGCCAACCCAGGCCUGAUCAUUCCAGCCAUCCUGCUAAUGUUUCUGGCCAUUUACUACCUGAAUUCAGUUUCAAAAAGUCUUUCCAGAGCUAAUGCCCAGCUGCGAAAGAAGAUCCAAGCGCUCCGUGAAGUUGAGAAGAACCAUAAAUCCAUCAAGGGAAAAGCCAUAGUCACAUAUUCAGAGGACACAACCAAGAACAGCUCCAAAAAUGCCACCCAGAUGCAUCUUACUAAAGAAGAGCCCACAUCUUACUCUCCCAGCCAAAUCCAGACCCUGGACAAGAAAGCGCAGGGCCCCCACACCUCCAGUACUGAGGGCGGGGCCUUGCCAUCUACCUCCUGGCACCAUGUUGGGUCUCAGCCACCGAGAGUCAGACGAGAUUCUGGCCAACCCCAGUCUCAGACUUACACAGGCAGGUCACCUUCUGGAAAGAGAACCCAGAGGCCUCAUAACUGAUUUUCUGGCAUUCAUGGGUGUCCCAGUCCUGGGCUUGAAUCUCUACUGUUUUAUAUAUCUCUUCCCUUCUCAUCUCACAUAUACACAUGUUUCCCUAUGGCUUAUGUAACAUAUGAACUUUAAUCCUUGCUUCCAGCCCUUGAUUACUACCUAAAGGGAAGAGCAAUGGACCUCACACACUAGCAGUUUUCCUUGGCUCCAGACUUGGGGAGGCAGGGAUGAGGCCAU